AAAUGGCGUUGGACUAGGUUGUGCGUUAUUGUUACUUUUUGUUUUUAGUAAAAUUUUAAAACUGUUGACUUAAAACUGAGCAACAGGUUAACAUGGGUCGUUCGCCCAGCCCGCGGCGGCGCGAUGACAGGCGCAGAGAUCGAGACAGAGACAGGGAGAGAGACCGGGACAGGGACCGUGAGAGGCGGAGGCCUCGGACCCGGUCCCGUUCGCGGUCUCUGGAACGUAGGCGGCGCUCCCCGGACCGCCGACGCAGCCCCUCGCCGCGCCGCCGCCGCUCACGCUCUGCAUCACCUGGACCUUCCACAUCCUUCGUGAAGCCCAAGAAGACCUUCGGUGAGCGUCCGAUAGUCACCCCAGCGGAUCUAGAAGGUAAAACUCCUGAGGAACAGGAGAUGCUUAAAGUUAUGGGCUUUUGUGGGUUUGACUCCACUAAGGGGAAGAAGGUGGAAGAUAAUGUUGAAGGUGACGUCCAUGUGGUGCUGAAACGUAAGUACAGACAGUAUAUGAACAGGAAGGGCGGGUUCAACAGGCCAUUAGACUUUGUUGCAUGACUUCUCGAUGAACGCACAGCGAGCUCCAUCGCAGUAGUUAUAUGUUGGUCUGUUCUAGAAGUAAGGCUGAUAUGUGAUAUUUUUGAUAGCUCGGUUUUAUAUGAACAUUAUUUAUACUUGUUUCUAUUGUAAGUUAAAGGCAUCAAUAGGUGUUUACGAACCUAUUUGACUAUUUAUGAGCCUACUCGGCUUGAUGCCUAUCUGCAGUCCGCAUCGCUGGCAUUCAUUGCAACUUUUCAGUCAAACUUUGUUUGAAACAAUUAUUAAUGAUCUUUUGAAGAUUUUUCAAUGCUGUUAUUGGUCAAUUCUUGUGCUAGAAACAUAUUUUGAGACCUAGAUAAGCUUAAUAUCAUUCAGAUUCUCACAAGUAUACCUAAUCGAAAAAUGCAGGAAUAAUGUGUCAAUACAUAAUAAUAUUCUGCAAAAUUUUUAUUGUUAUCUGAAAUUAUAACCAUUUCUCUUUCCUUUCACAAAAGACAUCCUGCCAAAAAUAUUUCUAAAGAAUUUAAAUGUUAAAACAUCAUGAAUACAUGGGAACUACGAAGAUAACACCCGGACACGCAAAAAUCACUAUUAUUUCCUCUAAAAAAUACAUAAUUAUCUCCCGAAAACCAGUUUCCACCCUUACAUUAGCAAAAAAUCUUAAAUGUAGUGGACCGUUGGCUGCGGUAACUUUCUUUUAUUCCGAGAAAGUCUCCCAUGACACACCUUGGCAUUGAAUUCAGAUGAAAACCGGUUUUAAUACAAUAUUUUAAUGUGUAUAGAAUUUAUUGAAGGUUACGGCUGAGUUUGGGGGUCUCAUAAUAGUAAAUAGCAUGUUUACUGGUUUUUUUAAAUGCUGUUUCGUGGUCUUUUUUAAUUCUAUUUCGUGGGUUAAAAAUUUUCACAGGUUUUGUACAGAUGUAUAAAAUAUUGGUAAUGUUUGUUGAGUUGAAAAAUUUGUAGUUAUUAGAGGAAGUCUUUUUUAUUUUAAACGUUGCCCCACAUUAGGAUUGUCUCCUGUGUCGUGGGUGCGAUUACAAACAUACAAGUUCACAGACACAGUGACACCCAGACCCGGACCAGUCUGUUGGAAGAUACCUUUUUAUUGAGUAAUUAAGUUAGGAAAGCAGUGGUUUUUAUUGUUAAAACAAUGUAGUAACAUAUUGUAACAAAUUAAUAAAUAUGCUAUUGUACAGAAAAUUGAACCUACUAUAGAAAAUUGAAACUAUACAAAUUUGAAAAUAUUCUCACUAAAGUCAAAGCUAAAAUCAUAUAAUUCAAUUAGACCACGAAAACAAUUUUGAAAGUCAACAAAAAAGUUUAAGUGAAGCUAGUUGCUCAUUCCAAGGUGUAGAUUCCGAUGUAGAUGAACGAGCAAGAAACUCCAUAGGUUAUUCCUUUUCAAUCAGAUUCAUAAUACAUUUUUUAAUUACUAAACAAACAAGACUCAAAAGAAUUCCCCUUUUUAUACAUAAAAAUCUAAAUCUGGUCCAACACCAAAUUCACAAUAUAAAAGUACUACAAACAAAAUAUUAUCUUUUCAAGGUUACAUUAUACAGGGUAAUAAGGAAAUAUCAGAUUUGUGGAACAUGUGUAGGAUUCAGGACUCAAAUCUAGUCUGAAAGUGGUCUAGACAGGAAUUAGGUAUACCUGUUUGAAUGUGCGAGUAAAGUUAAGAGGCUAAAAUCUAGUGCAAAGGGAAACAGUAAAUUUUGGGCUAAAACUGUUUGUCCUUAUUAUUGAACAUCUUAAGUAUUUUUAUACAAAGACAGGGUUUGUAUGUAAAGCAUUUAUUUCAAUUAAACCACAAUUUGGUACUUUUGCAAUGUAAAGAAAUAUAAAAUAAAUAAUAGUCUGUCCUUGAGUGAAGAUUGGUGCUCAUUCCAGAAUGUAGAUUCCAAUAAAGAAGAAUGAUUUGCCAAUUUCCAUUUAAAAAUUAAUAAAAAUACUAUAUAAAUAUAAUUCCAUAUUGAUUGGAGUGGUUUUUAUAGAAAUUAAAUUAAGUAUGACAUUUGUACAAUAAAUUCAAUGAUAUCUCAGCCCAAAUGGUUUAUCCUUUUAAACUACUAACAAAUAAAAACUACCGCAAAGUUAAAGUUCGACGAUUCAUUAAUCUGUCUCCACUCAAUACCGGCAGUAUAGUUUACAAUAAAGUAUUGGAGACUCGAUUGCCAAUUAAGAAAAAAAAAUCCUUUUAAACCAUAACAAUUUCUUGCCUUAUUUUGCUGUCAAACUACAGAUAGUUUUUUAGACAGACAGACUUAUUAUCUAUUUUCUUAUAGCAAAAAACUAAAAAACCAAUAUGAAUUGAUAUUACAACAUAUACACUAUUCUACAAAAUGAUAUUUUCUUUUAUUUCUACAUCUAAGGACUGCUUAUUACCAAAUAAGUGUUCAUAUGAAACCGAGUUCUCUUAUCAACUUUUUACUUAGAAUUUAAGUGUUAUACUAUAUUGUUUCUCUCAUAUCAUUUUUGGGAGAUGUAACUGUAUAGUGAUAAAGUGUCUCCCGGUCUGGCCAGCAACAGACAGUGGAUCACUGAAUGACAUGAUUCUGGUAUACUAUAUGCAAUUUUCAACAUUAUAUAAAGCAAAAAAUGUCUUUAGCAAGCGUUUUAUCUAAGUAUAUCUUUUGAAAAGUGGAAUUAAUAGCAUUUUGGCUGGUAAAAUGUCAAAAUUUCAUAUCAUAAUUAAGAUUGUAUGUGAUACAAUUCACUGCAUUAUUAGUAGUCAUUGUUUACACUAUAAGUUACAUCGCCCAAAUUAUCCAAUGCCUUAUUGAUAAACUUCAGAAAUGAUCUAUCAGUUGAUAAAAAAAGUACAAGAACAUUUAGGACUUAGUUUCAAAAUGACUGACUGUAAAGUUCUAUGUGAUUUAUUGACAUGAAUCACCUAACUGUCAUUAUUUGUCACUAAAACUACAAUCAGUGUUAAACUCUUGACCAUACCCAUUUCUUUAAUGGAUAGAAAUAGCUAUAUCAACUGAACAUCUAACAUUGACAGAUUGUACCGUUUAAAUCAGUGUUUUAAAGACAAAAAUUCUUCAAAAAUCUUAGCUUUGAGACUGCUGCCAAAUUCUCCACUUAGUGGACCCUUCCCAGUCUCUAAACAUUAUUUCAACCUAAUUUCUGAAGUCUAAUAAUAAGGCUAGUUAGUGUAAGUUAGUUGUAAGUCCGGUACACAGUACCCGCGCGCAGCUCACGCCCGCGCGGGCCCAGUCAAGCGCAUCCGCGCACCCAAGAAACAGCAUGGAAUGGGCACGGGUCAGACGAUUUUUUGAGGUCUGUCGGGACCUUGUUGAAGACGGUCAAAAUGAGACUAUUUUAGAAACUUUGGCACAGAAAAUACCACUAUUAAAUAUUGUAUGGUGAGUCAUAUAAACUACAAAAUUAUCCGCUCAACUUUAUACACUCAAACGUUUAGAUCUAAACUUCAUAUGAUUCAUUAUACCCCCUAAAUUGCUGCACCAAGUUUGAUACAACUCCCACAGACCGAUCUAUAAGACUGAAGCUAUCCGCACUAGUUAUAAGUUACCGCACGGCGCACCUCUAGUUAAUAGAUGAUAUAUUUUUACACAACAUAUACACACCCCCCUCCCCCCAGAUUCACCCCUUAUCCUCCACAAUGUACAAUAGUUAUAGAUCGAUAUAACAGAAUGUUGUGUUAUUUGUUACUGUUCAAAAUUCGUAAUUGGCAACAUUGAUUGCUUUUUACAACAGUGUUGCCAAGUAAUUUGGAUGAUCAAAUCUCCAUUUUUGGGAGCAAAAUUUGUCUUUUUGGAAUAUUUCUCAACGUUCCUUAGCAAAGGACAUAGCAUUCUGUGUUGUCGGUCUCCGUUAUACAAUAAUAUACAAUGGUUAAAUAUAUUUUUUAUGUAUAUUAUGAGUGUCGCGCCGUGAGGGUGCGGGUCGCGAUCCAUCGUCCUCGUGCAUAUUGCAAACUGUUUGUCAUUACAUCUGCCCCAUUUGAAUGAAUCUACUAAAACUACUAAGCACAAUUUUCGCACUAAAACAUAUCGAAAUAUCUCCACCACUGAAUGAAAUGCUGGUAAAACAUCCACUUACAUUUACUCCGCAUUGAAUUCAGUGUAAUUCUGACCAAAAAUUGUUUCUGUAAAAUAAUUGUAAGUACUGCAAAAAUUGCACUGUCGAAGGUACUUUUUGAUGCCAUUUUGGUUCAAGGCGUCUUUUUCGAAACAACAAUAACUGUUUUUAUUUUUCACAAAUACGUAGACUAGAAGAUUACCCAGGUUGUGUUUUUUCAAGCAAUAUUUUUACUGUAUUUCGAAAUGUUUAAAAUUAAAUUUCUUGUCAUAAUUUUUCUUCAUAUUUUGUUAUCCGAAAUUGUAUUUCUUCAUAAUUUGUGUAUUUAAAAUGUUAUGUAAAACUCAAUGAUUAUGUUUAAAUCCUAAUUUUCCUGAUAACACCAAUUAUUUCAUAAUAAAUACUUAACAACAUCAAUAACCACUGAUAUUAAGUCAGUGUCCACAACUAAACGGAUUCAUUCCCCGUGUAUAUACCACACAUUAUUUAUACUAAUUUAAAGUAAAAAAAUAAGAAAAAAA